AUGUCGGGCAAGAAGAUCUGCGGCUUCUGCGUGCUCGACGGCCACUCGGGGAGCCUGUGCGUGGACGCCCUGGUGGAGUGGCUGCCCCGGAACCUGCAGACCUGCCUCGCCGCGAAGCCGGCGCUGACCGAGGCGCACCUGCGGCAGGCCGUGCUCGAGGCGUGCGCGCUCACGGACGCCGAGUUCCUCGCCAGGGCGCGCGAGCGCGAGGUGCUCGACGGGUCGACCGCGCUGCUGUGCCUGAUAUGGCCGCAGGACGAGCGGCGGAGCAGGCUCAUGAUCGCAAACCUCGGCGACUCCCGUGCGGUGCUCUGCCGCUCCCAGGGCGGUCGCCUGUCCGCGGUGCGGCUGACAGACGACCACAAGCCCGGCAGGGCCGACGAGAGGCUCCGCAUCGAGGGCAACGGCGGCGUGGUGGACAUGCAGGGCGUCUGGCGCGUUUUCACGCCGAACCCAGCGACGUUUGGGGGCCAGAACUUGCUGUGGGGCCUUGCCGUGUCGCGCGCGUUCGGGGACCUCCUGCUGAAGGAGCCCCAGCGCUACGGCUGCCAGGGCGCCACCGGCGAGCUGGUCACCGCGACGCCGGAGAUCCACACCUGCGAAUUGCACCCGGCGGAGGACCGCUUCCUCGUGCUCGCGUGCGACGGCAUCUGGGACGUGCUCGGCGACGACGACGCCGUGGCCAUCUGCCUGGAGCACCGCAGCGCCGAGCUGGCCGCCCACGCCCUCGUCCGCCGCUCCUACGAGAGCGGCAGCGACGACAACCUCACCGCCGUGGUCGUCGCGUGGCAGGCGGCCGAGGAGGAGGCCGCCUCGGCGCCGCGGAAGCCCAGGCGGGCGCGGGCGGACUGACGCCUGGCGCGCGCGGCCCGAGAGGCCGCCGCCCACCGCCCACCGUGGUCGGCCGCGCGCUGCGCCGCCGUGGUCGG